AUGUUCCUCAAUGUGAGAACAUGGCUGGAGGAAAUAGCAUUGCUUGUAACAGUGGAUCCUAAGUUUUCUUUGGAGAUGGCUUACGCUUACAAUUUCCUUGCAAAUCAAGAUUGCAACACACCUCCAUUCAGGGAGAUCAUUGAACUUGAAAACAAUGAUGAUGAAGUGAUGGUACAUGAAACUCUGAAGAAUGUAGUAAGAGUAGGUGCUGGUGACAUUGUGCCAGACUAUAUUUCUCAAGCAGACGCCCCACCAGUAUUUUGGGAUGUUGGAAUGGACUUAAUGAACUACACAACACAUGGAAACAACAGAGGACCAGCUGGUGAAGCGAUUCAGAAUGGUAUGAGGUUUUGGGAAGAAGUUGCAAAUGAGGGGGGUUGUGAGAACCAGAAAACAAAUGAAGGGAUAACAAACACAGUUAGAGAUGAUGAAAGCGGAGGUUCUUCUACAUGGUUGACAAAUACAAACCUUGUGCCUAAUGGUGUGCGUAUCCAAGUCCCAAUGAAUGAGAUGGUAGAAGAACAAAGGGUGGACCUACUUGAUGAUUCUGAAUUUGUCCUACAAAAAAUCCAAUGGUACAUGCUAAUAAAAAUUUAUGAGUGA